AUGUGCGUGCGGGGAGGGGACCGCCUCCUGGACAUCCCCUGCAAAGUGUGCGGCGACCGCAGCUCCGGCAAGCACUACGGCAUCUACAGCUGUGACGGCUGCUCGGGCUUCUUCAAGCGGUCGAUCCACCGGAACCGCGUCUACACGUGCAAGGCGGCGGGCGAGCUGAAGGGCCGCUGCCCCAUCGACAAGACGCACCGCAACCAGUGCCGCGCCUGCCGCCUCAACAAGUGCUUCCAGGCCGCCAUGAACAAGGAUGCGUACAGUACGCCUAAGAAUCUCUUCGAGCGACGUGAUAGCCUGAAACCGCAGCGGCGGUCUAGUCGGCAGAUUCUCCUUCCCGCUACACACUGUCGCCUUCCACCUUUCACAGCUGCAAGUGUUUCCGUGCUCGGUGUUUGCCCUGCGUCCUCCGCCAGACAGUGGCUUUCUGUCAACGCUGGUACCGCCGCCACGUUCUGCUCUCCCGCCGCAGAAAGCUUUCUGGCGAACGGCAAACAAACAGCGGCCGGCCGCCGAGAGCGGGCCGAGCUUCCUCUGCCGGACACGCGUGCUGCAGGUGUCGAGUUUCUCACACCAGCCCAGCCCAGCCCAGCGUGGAAAGCAGGUCCAAGGCGCUCCGGACAACACUUUGCGUUCCGCACACUUCUCUAA